AAUGAUACUCCAUUUAUUAAGUGAACUGGUUAGAAUUAAGUAUAACAGAGAACAAACAAGAGCAAGAAAAAUUUUGUUUUUACUAAAAAAGAAAUUAAAAUACCUUACAUUUUUAUUGCUGCGUUUCAUUUAUCUAUUGCUGCGUUUCAUUAAUCUAUUGCUGCGUUUAAAUACUGCGCUUCCCUCUCUACUCAAAUCCUGCGUUUCAUUUAUCUAUUGCUGCGUUUAAAUACUCGGAGCAUCUCUACUCCCCAAAUUACAUCACCUCAAGAUUCAUUUUUCCUUCUCUACUCAAAUCCUGCGCUUCCCUCUCCAAUUCCAUCUAUGGAAGCACGCUUCACUCCACUGUCAUCAAAUUGGGCCUUUUAUUCGAUCCUUACAUCGUCACCGCGCUUGUCCAGAUGUAUGUAAAAUGUGGCUCGCUCGCUACUGCACUCCAAGUGUUUGAUUUUAUGCCUGAACGCGAGAUUUUGACUUCCGACGUCGCGCUUUGGAAUUCUAUCAUUGAUGGCUAUUUCAAGAAUGAUUUUUUUGAUCAAGGCAUUGCACAGAUCCGACGAAUGCUUGCGAUGAAUGUCAAGCCCGAUGGUUAUACUCUCUGUAUUCUUCUUGGAAAGUCCAAUGCAUGUUUAGGUGUAUCAUUUGGGAGAGAAAUCUAUGCAAUCAGAAACAUGUUUCUUCACGACACGUUUGUGGUCACCGCAAUGAUUGAUUUCUACUAAAGCUAUGGUAGGCCGAUGGACGCGUGGAAUACUUUUGUAAUGUUGGAGAAUAAACACAGCAUUGCAGUUUGGAAUUCAAUGAUCAACGGCUUCUGUGAAAAUGGUGUUUGGAGAAACAGCUUGCAGUUAUAUUCAUCGGCGAAAAAUGAGGCUCUUGAGCUUGGCUCCACAACAUUUUCAAGUGUUCUCACAGCUUGCUCACAGGGUGAAGCUGUGGAUUUUGGUUGUCAGGUGCACUCUGAUUUGGUCAAGAUGGGGUUCGAGCAAGAUUCCUAUGCUAGCACUUCACUACUGACCUUUUAUGCCAAAUGUGGAGUUGUCGAAGAUGCAGAGUGUGUUUUCAAUUCGGUCAGAGAUAGAACGGUUGGGAUUUGGAAUAGCAUGAUAUCGGCUUAUAUUAACUGUGGUGAUGCUAAUAAUGCUUUGGAUGUUUACAUCAAGAUGCGUCCCGAACAAGUAGAGCCUGAUUUCUUCACCGUAUCUAAUGUGCUAAUAGCAUGUGGUAUGAUUGGAUCGCACCAACUUGGAGAAACGGCAUACGGAGAGCUAAUCAAAAGGCCAGUGAAGCAGAGUCUUGCUCUGCAGAGUGCUCUGUUGACAAUGUACUCAAAGCUUGGGAGUUUCGAGGAGUCCUGUAAGGUCUUCAGAGAGAUGAGGACGAAGGACGUUGUAGCUUGGGGAUCUAUGAUAUCGGGGAGUUUAGAGAAUAGGAAAUUCGAGGAGGUAUUGAUUUUGUUCAAGGGGAUGAUAUCCGAAGGUGUGAAGCCGGAUGCUAGUGUUGUUGCAAGCUCAAUUGUUGCUUGUUUAGUAUAUGGUGAUGUGAAACUAGGUUGUUGUCUUCACGGAAUGUCGAUUAAGGAAGGCCUAGAUUUGGAUUCAUGCACAGGUAGAGCUCUAAUUGAGUUCUACUCCAAAUUCAAAAAGGUUGAGAUGGCAGAGGAAGCUUUUUCCAGUGUGUUGGUGAAGAAUUUGGCGGCGUGGAAUGCUUUCAUCUCGUGUAACUCAUUGAACGGCCUCCCAAACAUCUCGAUCAGCCUCCUGCCUCGUGUUCUGCAAGAUGGCCUCUGUCCCGAUUCUGUUUCAGUCACCCUAGCUCUUGCUGCAGCUGCAGAGCUCGCGGCAUUGCUUGUGGGAAAGGCGAUACACGGUUAUAUCAUAAGAUCCCUUCUAUUUAACGAAAAUCAAGUGGAGAACACGUUGGUUGAUUUGUGUGCGAAGUGUGGAAGCUUAGUUUAUGCUGAACGGGUGUUCAGGAACAUGGAGAAGAGAGACAUCGUGACAUGGAACUCAAUGAUUGGAGGCUACGGAUCACAUGGUGAGUGCCAUAGGGCCAUUGGUAUGCUGAAGGAGGUGAGGGAUUCAGGAGAAUCACCUGAUGGGGUGACGUUCCUGUCCCUCAUCUCCUCAUGCAAUCAUAGUGGUCUAAUUGAUACAGGGCUGAGCCUGUUUAGGUCGAUGAGGGAGAGCGGAGUGGAGCCUCAGAUGGAACAUUAUGUCACUGUGGUUGACCUUUUGGGUCGGGGUGGGCGUGUGGAGGAGGCUUGGGAGUUUGUGGAGGGGAUGGCUAUGGUGCCUGAGAGAGGCAUUUGGCUGUCUCUGCUUUCUGCUUGCAAGGUUCAUGGGAGGUUUGAGCUUGGUGAGGCCGCUGCUUAUAAGCUGUUGGAGAUGGAGCCAGAGAAUGGGGGUGGGUAUGUGCAGCUGCUAAACUUGUAUGUCGAGGGAGGGUUUAAGGAGAAGGCGGCAGAGUUGAGGAGUUUGAUGAAGGAGAAGGGAGUGAGGAAGGUGGCUGGGUGUAGUUGGAUUGAGGUGAAGGAUAAGGUGGAGGUUUUUUACUCGGGUGGGACAAAGAUGGUGAGCAUUUGUGAGACCCUUGAUGGUCUCAGGAGUAGUAUGAAAAGGGGGGAAUGUGGUUGGGGAGUUGGUGAGGCAUUGCUUUUAUCAGUCUGAGGUUGCAAUCAAGUCUUUUUAGGUGAAAGAUUUAGUUUAAAGGAUUGGCCUUUUGUAAUGUCACUCCGCCACCCAACUUCUCAGAGCGCAGCGGCGACAACACAACCAUGGAUAUGUAUCACUAAAAGGAAGUAGUGUUGUGAAUGAGGGCAGCAAGAAUUCGUUGGGCAGCCUCAGUAGGAUGAGCACCAUCCCAGAACAAGUACUCAUUUCUAUUCCGACAUGGUACUGUAUUUGCAAACCACCUUGGCCCUGUUCCAUUUGAAUCAUCACUGCCCCCACAACAAGCUUUGUCCUUCACCUUGAACCCUGCACCAUCCCUCAUAAGUUAAUUCAUUCCCACAGCAAAAAAAAAUUUAUUUAAACCAAGCCGUCAAUCUUGGAUUACCGUAGGCCUCAGCAUUGUUGAACAAGCUGUUAAACAGUUGAAUCGAUGGGGCGUAAGUAAAUGCAGAUCCAGGGUAGUUUGAACUGAGGUCGUGCACAAUAGAUUUCAGCCGCGUGUUGAACAUUUCCACCGUGUGGUUUAAUGUUGCGUUACACUUCAAAUUGUGACUUCUUAUAGGGAUGCAACCAAUAGGUGAUGCUUCUAAUAUCAAGAACUUCCUCAGCCCUAAACCUUGGAUUUCCUACAUUGACAAACGGAUAACAAUUGGUGUCUACAACUAAUUAUUGGGACGUUUUGUUAACUAUAAUCAAAUAUUGUUACCAAUAUAUGUUGUCUAUAGAGGUUUAUAAGGAGAUCAGCAAAUUGCUCAAGAUUGUAGAUAUGACUGCUUAGGUAGUGUUCAGUUUUAAAGUAGUUGUUGAGGUAGUCAUUUGCUCCAAUAUCCACAAACACCAAUGCAUUUUCCAAAUACUUGCUCACUUCAUUCCCAUGCAGUUGCCCUCUCAGUGGAAUAGGAUAUCCCAACUUGAAUGACACAUUUUUUAAAAUAGAAAUAUCAUUCUCUCUACUUUUUCUCACUCUUACUUUAUGCUCUAUCCACUUAACUCACAAAAACAACAUUAUACAUAAAAUUUCGUGUUAAA